AUGGUGGCGCCGGAGGCGGGGACGGUGGCCGGCCGCAAGACCUGGCCGGACGAGUGCAAGAACCUGUGGCAGAUCGCUGGGCCGGUGAUCCUCACCGGGGUCUUCCAGUUCCUGAUAGGGUUCAUCACCGCGGCCUUCGUCGGCCACAUCGGCAAGGUCGAGCUCGCCGCCGUCUCCAUAGUCAACGGCGUCAUCGAAGGCCUCGCCUUCGGCCUCCUGCUUGGCAUGGGGAGCGCCCUGGAGACGCUGUGCGGGCAGGCGGUGGGAGCCGGGCAGCUCCACACUCUGGGCAUCUACCUGCAGCGGUCGUGGAUCAUCUGCCUCGCCACGGCAGCCGCGCUGCUUCCGAUCUACGCGUUCACAGACCCAAUCCUCCGCCUGCUCCGGCAGUCCCCGGCCAUCUCGGCGGUGGCGGGACGGUACGCCCGGUGGUGCGUGCCGCAGCUCUUCGCCUACGCCGUCAACUUCCCCAUGCAGAAGUUCUACCAGGCGCAGAGCCGGGUGUGGGUCAUGACGCUCAUCUCAGGCGCCGUCGUCGGCGUGCACGCGCUGCUCAGCUGGCUCGUCGUGGCAAGGCUCGGGCGGGGCCUCCUGGGCGCGGCCAUGGUUGGCAACGUGUCGUGGUGGCUCAUCAACGCGGCGCAGUUCGUGUACGUCGUCGGCGGGUCGUUCCCGGAGGCAUGGACGGGGUUCUCACAGAAGGCGUUCGCCAGCCUCGGCGGCUUCGUCAAGCUCUCGCUCGCGUCCGCCGUCAUGCUGUGCCUGGAGAUGUGGUACUAUACAGCAGUGCUCAUUUUGGUGGGUUGCUUGAAGAACCCGGAGAUUCAAGUUGGGGCCGUUUCAAUAUGCAUGAACUAUAACUUGUGGACGUUGAUGGUGUCUGUUGGCUUUAAUGCUGCAGUGAGUGUUCGCGUGGCAAACGAACUUGGCGCCAAACACCCGAAAGCAGCCAAGUUCUCGGUCGUCGUGGCCGUCGUCACGUCGGUUGCCGUUGGUCUCAUCUUCACGCUCGUCACCCUCGUGGCGAGGAAGCAACUGCCGAGGCUCUUCACCAGCGACGAUCUGCUCGUCAAGGAGACAACAAAACUAGGGUAUCUUCUGGCUGCCACCAUAUCUCUCAACAGCAUCCAGCCGGUGUUAUCAGGAGUGGCGAUUGGGGCUGGAUGGCAAUCCUUGGUCGCCUUCGUGAACAUUGCCUGCUACUAUCUUGUUGGCCUGCCUCUUGCAGCUGUUUUUGGCUUCAAGUUGAAACUUAACGCAACAGGGAUUUGGGUGGGCAUGCUGAUCGGCACGAUUUUGCAGACCAUCAUUCUGUUUGCGAUCCUCUUCAGAACUAAAUGGGAGAAAGAGGCUAUGCUGGCGGAAGAGCGGGUGCGAGCCUGGGGAGGAAGCGUUGAGCUGCCGACCAUCGAAGAAACGAGAUGA